AUGGUGAAGUGUUCAAUACCCGUGCAGACGGCCUGCUCAGGUGUGGAGAUAAGAAGCAAGACGCUUGGAAAAGGUGCUGGUGAAAAAGCUGUUCCAGCAAUCACAGUGUCACUCAGCAUCGACAUCCCAGUCGAAGAGCUCAUCGCGGCCCUGACGUAUUUUCAGCAAGCUCACCCGCCUCAGCCUGAUGAGUUGCCCACUGCUUUUGGGGAGAAGGCUCCUGGUGCCCGGAAAGGCUUCGCGGCGGCUGCAAGUGGACCUCCUGGUCUUUCGCUGAUGGCGGGUGCUUCCGCUUCCGAUGAUAGCCAGGCUGGUCGAGACACAACUGUUGCCCAUGCAAAGGUAGGUGCGGUGGUGCCGCCACCCGGGCUUACAGCACAAUGGGAGACCAUCUCCUCCCUACCCCCCAACAUGAGGAGCGCCUUUACCCGCAUCAAGGUGUCCAAUCUGGUCAAGCGGUUGAAGCAUCAGGAAGUGCAGUACGUCUUUGAGCGCCAUGUUGGCCCUGUUGCGCAAUGUACUCUUACAGAAGACUGCGCGAGCAUUGCAUUUGUGAGCCCUGAGUAUGCCCAGGCUGCAAUUGAGCAAUAUGACGGUGGUGUUUUGGAAGUUAGCACAGACAAAAGCAUACCUGGACAUGAAAGUCUGUGCUUGUACCCGAAAGAUUCAAAUUUCCGCCGUACUCUGGAGGACAGGUUGGGCCCUCUUUCUCAAUGCCAUCUACGUCGCGGGGAGGGAUGGAUCACGCUCUUCCGUGGUGCCAUUACGAAGCAUCUCAAGAGGGAAGAGGCACUCAACCAGAUCGAUUUUAAGGGCAGCGUCAUCGGCGUUUCACUGGAGGUUGGUGGACCCAUUGCCGGUCCUAUGGAGGGAGUCGUGGUAGGGACUCCGGUCGUUCUCUGA